UACGAGCAGGUGGAGCAAACCAUGGGCUCCAAGUUUGUGGAGAUGAACAACAGAAUUGGAGACGUUUCCGGUCAGCUGAGUCAAAAACACUAUGCCAUCUACUGGAGAGAACUCGUCAAGUUAUGGAAGGAUUUUCAGGAAGCUUUGAAGACUUCGAAGGAACCGUCAUGCCCUGUCUGUGAACCCACGUAUAUAUCUGCCCUGCGCUGCGAAUCCUGCCAGAAAGAGAAUAAGGAAGUCUGCCUGUCUUAUUGCGAACGAAAUAUUUUGGAAAAGCAACGGCGAGCACCUUUGGAGGUUCUGGACGACGUCGAUCCCGACGUCAUUCCAGAGCCAGACUACGACCCUGAGUUUGAGCCCACGAAGACCAGCGUGAUUGCACUGAUCGUGAUCGUGCCAGCCAUGCUAUGCUUAAUCGUCUUCUGCAUCGUAAUGUGCUUCACGCGAAAUAAAAAAUCAACGUCUGCCCCCGACAUGGAAAAGGGAUUGGACGCUGCGGAAGAGCAGAACCGACAGGACCCCGAUGUGAGGAUGCCUGGGCAUCCAACGAAGCCUGCCCGGGAAAAUCAAACCAAAAAAGCCGGCGCGCACAAAGCAUCCCGCAAUGGACCAAAGAAAGAAAGGCCACGCAAAUGAAAGUGCGGGCAGUCCCCCGACUUACGAACGGGUUCCUUAUUCCUGAGGCCUGUUAAAAAGUCAAACUGUUCGGGUUCACAAGAAAGACAGAUACACACAUGCGCGCACACUCACUUUUACACACACACACACAUAUGCUGGAGUUUGCAGGGUUUGUGUGGUGCCACGGCCUCGAAACCACUCUGCAAACUCCGCGACCACACACUGAAUACACACACACACACAGCGCACACACGUAGUGUCCUGGCGUGGGAUUGCUUGGCACAAAGGGUUUUAAUCCGAAGGGUUCCUAUGAGGAAAGUCCCACGGUUUCCCGGUGCCAGGGGAUUGGCCGACCCUCGCAGGACAAGUCACAUCGCGGUGCCCCUGAGUUGGCUUAAUAAUGUAUGGGCGCAAAAAGAUUACCGGGCCAGCCGCGAUGAGUCAUUCACGACAUGUGGGAAGCCGGGGUGGAAAAAGCGAGAAAGGCAGUGUGUAUUUGCCACUCAUUCGCCACUACGAGGCCGUGUUAGGCAAGGCUUUCUCGUCCUCUUCCCUCCGCCUCUCACAGCGUCCGUGUGACGCCGCGAGUACGGCUACGAGGUACAUGGUAGGACGCUUGGGUGAGCAGGAGCGCAGACGGCAGUAGGCCUAGGCUUUUCUCGCAAGAUACUCCCCCCGGUAGUGCCGACUGGGCAGCUUUAAGGGAUUGUGGUUUGCGCCGAGAAUAAAAGUUAGCACAGACCGUC